CCGUACGGCAAGAUUUCUUGCCAGAUCAAGUUCCUCGACAUCAGGACAGGGGAAUGUCCACCAAGAAACGUAAGGUACAAGAGUGGACGAUCUCUUCUCCUCAAUUCUUCCUAAAAGAACCACAACAGUCACAGGUGGAGAUGUUUGACCAGUGGAGACCAGCUACGUUGUCUCAGGAUAGCUUCAGACCUCAUCAGCAUCCCAUCGGACAGCUUUUCAACCAGGACCAGACCUUCACUCAGCAUGCCGCACCUAUACUCAAAGCCCCAACCUGGGAGGAUCAUCCUGUAAAUCCACAUUGCCAGCAGCAGUUCCGCAGCAGAGGGGAGAGUUGGACUAAUGUGGAUUUAGAUCUGUCCAAAAUCUCUCAGCAGUUUAGAGAAGACACAGAUGUUAAUAUUGAUUCAUAUCAAUUUUAUGACAGCAGGAAACAAAGACCAGAAGAAGCUUCUUUUGGAGGAUCCAGCUUCUGGUCCCAUCAGUCACAAACUCAGGAUGAAAGAAAAAAAACGGCUCCUUUCUCGUUCUCAGCAUCUUAUCUCACAGAGGGAUUUCAGUAUGAGCCUUUUUUUCGCUGUCCACAUCCAUCUAACACCCAACGCAGGUCAGAAUAUCCUAAUAUGACCUUUUGUCCCAGGUCACAGUCAAACACAUUAUUUUACCCUCACCUUUUCCUUUAGAGAAGAGUAUUGACCAGAGCGAAUCAUCGCUGGUUCAGCUAAGCAAUUAUUUGCUUACUGUUUAUGUGUGAAUAAUUUCUUCCCCUUCGCAAUACUGAUUUAACUUUUUUAUUGUUUCAAAAAAAACCAUCACCUCAACAUGUGAUUUCAGUUUGGGAGUUCAGCGUGCUCACAUUAUGUAUAGUCAUGAUUUCUUUAGUGUAUACUACUUAAAAGGUAGUGAGAGUGAGUAACUUCUUAAUAUCUAAUCACUCUUUGUGCUGCACAGAUAUUGAAACCUAGUUUUUGUUGAUUCUCCUGCUUAUAUGGGGUAAGUGUGUUAUCUUCAACAAAUGAUGCUGCUUGUAUAUUUAUUUCUUUUAGGUAUUAGUUUAGUCAGAUUUCUUUAAAAUACAUUUUAGGCUGGACUUUUAUUAUUUCCACUCAAGUUCAGUAUUCUAUGAAAAAGGUCACACGAUUUUGAGAUAAUCCUUUAAUAAGGCAGUACAAAAUUGAAAUAUUUACAUAAAACUAAUUUCACAGUUUACAUUAGUAAAAUUAUUUGUAGUAAACUAAAAUGUAAACAUUAAACCGUGUAACACUCAAAAGUAAACAAACAGCUAUUUUACAUGUUGAAUUUCUUAUUUUUUAGUUUAUGUAAUUAUUUACUUUUUGCAUUAUACAGCUUUUUUUACAUAUUUACCACAAAAGCAUAAUAAACAUUCAAAGUUUCAGAGUUCCAGAUUUUCCUGUGUUUUUUUCUCAGAUUAUUACUUUGUUCAUCUUUGUAAAAGACUUUAAAAAAAAAAAAGAAAAACAUGCACCACUUUUCUGAAAUAGUUGUUCAAAUAGUAAUCAAACAUAAAACAAGCUACAAACAUAUUCAUUGUAUAUAUACAUAUGCAUCAUUUACAGGCUGUCAAAUUCUUUGAAGUCAGUUAAUUAGGUUAUAUCUCACCGAAUAAAUUUGAUCAUAUACACAGUUGUAAGUCAGAGUUAUUAGCCCCCCUGAAUUAUUAGCCCCCGUUUAAUUUUUCCUCAAUUUCUG